ACGACCAUGCGCAUCGUCGACAUGGAAAGCGCUUAUUCGCGAUGGCUGCCGACGCACAUGCUUUCUACGUUUGUUUAUGGAACUAUUCUAGUCGCCCUGGCGCUCCAUCCAGUUAUAAAAUGGAUUCGUGUGUGGAACGCACUCAGGUGCUUUCCUGGUCCGUCACGGAUUAUUCCAUUCUGGUUCUGCUUGUCCGUGUGGUGGUCUAAAAGAAGGACGAAGUAUAGUGAUAUACCUUCUGAGUUCUUCACUGUUAUAAGGGACCUGUCAAGUGCCCAAACCCACCGAAAUUUUGUGGGAUACCUUGGCAUUGCGCCUGUUGUAGUUCUGCAAACUCCGGAUGCAGCAGAGGCCCUACUAGCAAGCAGACUUAAUAACCGGAAACCGUUCGUGUACAAAUUCCUGGAACCAGCCCUCGGAUCCCGGAAUAUGUUAACAUCAUCUGGAGAAAUCUGGAGUAAAAAACGCAGGCUCAUCGCCCCAAGUUUUCACAGAAAGAAUUCUGAGUCAUUCCUGAUGUGCUUCAAUAAAGAGGCAAAUUGUCUGAUGGAAAGAAUAGAGAAGCGCCUUGAUGACAGUCCAUCUGUUCCAAUCUCACAGUACAUCAGACAUAGUACGGUGCAGAGUAUAUUCGCUGCAGCAAUGGGGGUAACACUUGAUGACGCCACAGCCCAGCAGUAUUCCAGGUGCAUGCAUCUUGUAGAAUAUAAUUUCAUCGUCCGUGCCUUCCGCCCAUGGACGUGGUACCAACCAUUGUAUGACGUGACUAGAGAAGGGACAUGGUUCAAGAAUGAAUUCAGAAAACUCUUUGAUACUUGUUGUCAGGUUCUUGAACGUCGGAGGUGGUUGAAUGCUCAAGAACAUACCUUAGGACAUCCCGUCACAGCAGAAAGCACACAUCACAGAAAAUGCCACCGGACAUGUCUUGAUGUUCUUCUGGAAAAGCACCACGAAGACCCAGAUUACAGUGAACAGGAGAUAAUGGAAGAUAUGAACCUCAUGAUAGGGGCUGGAUACGAAACUACAACGUCUGCUGCUGUGCACUGUUUGUAUCUGAUAUGUCUCAGCUCCCAAAUCCAACAGAAAGUCCAUGAAGAGCAGGACAGGAUUUUUGCAGACGACAUCAACAGAGAUGUUACUGCGGAAGACAUUGACAAUAUGGAAUACCUCAGCUGUUGCCUGAAGGAAACUUUUCGACUAUUACCACCACUUCCGUAUAUUGCGAGAGUGCUGGACCAUGAAAUCGUAAUCGAUGGGAACGUGAUUCCGAAGGGUGUCACGUGCGCAGUCGACAUUUUCGGGAUUCACCGAAAUCCCGCCUGGUUUCAGGACCCACAAGAAUUCAUUCCAGAGCGUUUUAUGCACGAUGCCGAAAAAGAGUGGCACCCGUAUUCCUACAUUCCAUUUUCUGCAGGUCCAAGGAAAUGUAUCGGCCAAGAGUUUUCCAGCGUACAGAUUAAAGUAAUCCUUUCGAAACUGUUCCGACGUUUCACCUUCGAGCCACAGAAGCCUAUAGAAAAAACUGACUUCAAAUUCGAGGUUGUUCUGAAAGUGAAGGAUGGGAUCUACUUGUGGACUUCAAGAAGACAACCAGAGGGAACACGUACCCAGCAGAAGGGGGGCUGAUGCGGUAUGUACGUGCAACAAUGUGC